UUCCUGUUUUUGUUGCCAUCAGGUGUGUUUCCACCUUGACGCUCAGGUACACGGAAUUGGUUUAAAACUUACCUGAAACGGACAUUUCUACGCGACAUUCACGUGAGGAGUGGCUCAGAAUGGAUUUAAACGGAAGUCUUUUAUGACGGGAGAAGAAGACGGUGUUAAUUCGGGAGCCGGUUGGAGGACUCACCGUGUUUACUAUUUCUUGAGCCAGUAAGUCAUGUCAGCCGGCAGCACUGGCAGUCCGAGACACAGCUCAGGAGCAGGAAGCCACAAGCAUGGGCCCAGCCGCGGCAGCAGCCAGAGGUCGUCUUACGAGGAGCGAUGUGUGGAUCCGGUGGAAGACAGGCUCCCGACCCCAGAGCCAAAGACGGUCCACAAAGCUCACCUGAAAGAUGCUAAUGGAAAGGAGUCUGAGACCAUUGGCUUCAUUCCUGGCUCGGCCGACCCUCCCGCUGCGACGCAAACCUGCAAUCCGUGCGCUUCUCAGAGGAGCUGCAGGACCUUUGUGUGCAGCGUGCUCACGUGCGGCCUGUAUAGGGUCUGUGAGCGUUCCAUCCUCGCUCCGUGCCUGGCACCGAAUGAGAGCUCCACAGACGAACCAGAGAGAAUCAGCCUCCGUGCUGUGAACCCAGAAGACAAGAAGGAAGAGGAUGCAACAGACUGGCUGGGGGAUGUUUGCAUAGGCGGAGUCAAAGUUGACAGUCCGAGAGUGUAUUUAGAUGCUGUAGUGAAACCUCCAUCAUAUGUUUCUCCACCCAGCAGUUACACACGACCCAACCAGCCGUCCCUGCACGAGUCCAUGAGAUUUGACGACUGGGAUGACGCCGAAGAGGACGUGGACUCACUGAUCACCAAGAAGCUGCUGGAGCUGUACUCCGAAUAUCAGAUCGAAGAGUUGGCCAGGUGCACUUCAGACUCUUUGUUUCUGAGGAAGAGCAAAGCCAUCAACCAUCUCAUCAACUCACUGGCGGAGGAGCACCAAAUGGACGAGCAGGAGGCGGAGUGUCGGCUUGUGCGCGGAAUCAUCCGCAUCAGCACUCGGAAAAGUAGGAGGAAGCCGGCCGUCUCCAGGAGAGAGAGGACGCUGUCGGACAGCGGGAACGAGACGAUGAAGGAGAGCGAUUCCUGUACCUUCAGCAACAACAAUGACUACAAAUCAAACCCAAACAUUCAAAUAUCAGAGCUGACCUCCUCUGACCAGUAUGCCAGAGAGAUGUGGAGGAACAAUGGAGGCCACACUUCCAGUUCUCCUACAGCCUACUCCUCCGCUCACACAGGGACUACUUCUUCAGGUGUGCCACUUCUUCAGACCUCAGUGAGAACAUGAUUCCUGCGCCACACUUGGCCUCCUCUGUUUGUCUUGCUGUGUCUACAAGGUCACGUACGGGAAGAGGAAAACCUUGCACAGGAGUGUCUAGCUGCUGUGGGGGAAAGAAAAUGUGAAAUAUUCACAUUGUCUGAAGGACUUGAGUGAACUCAGGGCUCUGUGUGUAGAUAUUUAUAGUUGAUAAAUAUAAUGUAGGAGUGUAUAGUGUAUAAUGUUUGAAGGAUAGCUUGAUUGAAGGCUUGACCUGCUGGCAGAUAUUUGAACGUAAUUAACCGUCCCCUCGUCCUUGAAGUUAUGCUCAUGAAACCUGACCUGUUCAGACCGUAAGCUGUUGUUCUGAAAGGACACGUGGAUUUAGUUUUGGAAGAUAGAAUAAAAACGUGUUGUUUUUUUCUUUGGCACAUUUCAUUAUCUGAUCAUCACUAUAGCUUUAACGUCAAAAUGUGUGAUUUUAACUAGAUUUAAGUGCUUAGAUUUCAUGAUUACAUAUCUCAUAGUUAGUGAUUCUACCACCUCCUUUGUCAAACAUUGACUCCCCAGAUUUGAUUAAAAAUAGCAUAAAGACAACAUAUCAAAGGUUGAAAGUGACAUGUCAUUGAUUCUGGGGAACUUUUGUUCCCUUUUCAGAUUUUAUGCAAACAACACAUUUCAAAAAAAGUUUGGACUGUGGCUACAAAAGAUUGGGAAAGUUGUGAAAGGCUUAAAACCACCUUGAGGAACAUUUGACAUUUAAUUAGGUUGAUUGGCAACAGGUUAGUGACAUGAUUGGGUUUAAAAGCAGUGCAACAGAUAAAAAAACUAUUGUUAUCAACAUAAAAUAACGAACAAGCUGGUAAUCUCGUUGUCUACAAUACCUAAUAUCAUCGAAAGAUUCAGAGAUGUAAAUAAAUAUGUGAAUGCAGAAGAUAAGGCUAAAAACAUAAUAAGGUGUCCGUCAUUUCCAGGCCCUCAAGCGGCCCUGCAUUUAGAACAGACAGACAUGAGAAGUGCAAAAGUUCUUUACGUUUGGAAGUAAUUACCCCAGCAUCCUAAGGGCUAAAGAGAAGAGGCACCAUCCAGUGUGUUAUCAGUGCUCAGUGUCUUUCUGCUUUUAUAAGUAAAUAUGGGGUUUUAAUGUUUUGAAAAUCAUCACAUUUGUUUUUAUGUACAUUUUACACAACCUACCAAAUAAAUACUUCAAGUGGCGUAGAAUGAUUUAAAAUAAAGCCAAAUAGCAUGAAGGUUUCUGAUUCUGAUAGACUGGAACAAAACUUCUCUUAGAACAUGUUGGUCAACACGCCAUAUUUAGUUAUCCAAAUUACAAAAAUAAAUGUGUUUUUUUUUUUGUUUUUUUUUAAGGAGUUGCACACCGGGAUAUUUCCUGGCCACGAGUUGUUGUUCUUAGAGUUCUGUUAACCGUGUUAAUGCUAACGUUGAACCGUCUGUUAGAGUUAGCUUCUAUACAAACGGCUAUGACAGCACUUUCUUUUUGCAACAAAAUAAUUAUUUUUUAUUUUUUUAUCCCUGAUAAAAAUGUUAUUGAGUGGAAGUUGAGGGUUGGGGGGGGGGUUUGGUCUUGUGAAUCAUUUUUUUCUUUUGUGAAUUUUAUAUGAGAAGUGCAAUUUCUUUGCAAAGCUGAUUUUGAUUAGUCUCGUCACAUGAAGCUCGUCUCAAGCAGCCAGCUCUAACGUUUUAAAUGAACUGGGUGUGUGAUGCAUUAUGGGUAAUUUCCUAUGCUUUCCUCCUGUCUGUAAGUCUUUGCUUUUAUUAAAUAAUGCUAUGAUA